AUGAACGGGGCCACCAGCCAUGAAAAUUCAGGCUCUGAAACGUCCAGUAUAGACCAUCAUGAUGCACUCGACACAACCAGCGAACAAAAUGAUACAAAUGUGAACUCUGAGGAACCCAAAUAUCAAAAUGACGAAAUCUUAAUUCCAGGCUUCGAUUUUAAAACCGACUCAGAUCACCCGGAUAUUCGAAAUGCCAAGUAUAAAACAGCCGUGGAUCACCUUAAUUGUCCCAUAUGUCAGCAGCCUUUCAUAAAACCAGUUACGACUAUUUGUGGUCAUACUUUUUGUCGAGAGUGCAUUUACGAAUGUUUUCGAACCGCUCGAAACGGAGACGUCUCACCAUUGAAAGGCUCGUGUCCUUUGGACCGCACUCCUAUAGACACCACGAACCCCAAUGAUCUUUUUCCCACGCCGCUUAUCAUCACAAAUCUUAUUGACGACCUCAAGGUUUUCUGUCUCAAUCUGGACCGAGGAUGCGAGUGGGAUGGGUGCCGGUGGGAACUCGAGUACCACGUAUUACAGUGUGAGUACACCGGUGUGAAAUGUGGAGGACGGCGGGCCGCCUCUGGGUCAUCUGAGAAAGAUAGUGUGUGUUCGGUGAUGGUUGAACGGCGGUUUCUUCUGGGACAUGAAGGCGAGUGUGCUCACAAGGUUUUUGAUUGUAGCUUUUGCAACGCCGAGGUCACGCUAGUGAGCCAGCAGAAACACUUGGAAUUGGAAUGUCUCUUCAACUACCAAACUUGCGACCUUUGUUUGAACGAUAUGAUUCCGCUCAGACACUUAGAAAAGCACAAAGAAAACUGCCAGAAAAGCGGCCACCACCGUUGUCCCGCCCACACCAUCGGGUGCACAUGGAGCGGAAAUAGCGACUUUGCACUUGAAAUCCACCUCCAAAACAACAAUUGCCAACUUAGCCAGUUUCUUCCUUUUUACCAAACUUUGAACUCCAAAGUCGACAACUUGACUGCAGAAAACACGUUUCUUCAGAAACAGAUCAACAAGAUCCUCGACCUGAUCAUCCAGGGCAAAAUCACCAAUCUCGGCUACACGGAGUCCAUAGAAGAAAUUUCCAAGUUUGACCUGUCGUCCACCGAGGAUCAAGGAAAGUUGAUAUAUCUCAACUACGAACUCGACAGGCUCAAGUUUGAAAUGGAUAACCGGAUCAUUCCGUACAUCACCAAUUCGGAGCGAGAGUCGGUUAUAAGCAAUCUUGUCAAUGACAAUUUUGCCAUGCGAGACGAGCUCAACAUGCAGCGAGUAUACGUUAGCAGUCUUCGAAAACAACUUCAAUUCUUGUUGUUCACCCGCAGAGGAAACACGCCAUACAUGGGGCUAAACGGUACCGACGGAGACUUGGAUUUCGACAUUCCGUCUCGCUCCAGUUCUGAAGAGCGCCUCAAUCUCAAAUUGUAA